CUGGGUGUCUACUUGGGUAAGAAGUUACUUUUAAUUAGCCAGUCUCCUCGCGCUUGCCUCACUUGUCCAUCCUGCAGAUCUGCAUCCUCUUGUCAGGGACCAGGGUCCGCAUCGGGGCCAUUUUACUCUUCUCACCACCUGUCAGACUGCGGGCGACGAGCCUCUGAGGCGCUGCUCCUUUUUUGGCUCCGCGGUGCGUAUUGCUAUUACGCACGACUUUGAGGGAGAAAUCGAAAACUAGAACGGGUGUUAUCUAAACAAACCCCUAUUCCUUUUUACGCUUUUGUUUGAUUCUUAUCCGUUUAUAGUCUCGGAGUGUACUUGAAUUGUUGUCAUUUAAAAAAAAAAAAUCUGAAUCUGAAAUGCACUGAGGUUUUGCGCGUCAGGUGAAGACAGGUGUAAAAAGGCGCACCGCGGUAAACUGUUUCAACCCUCUGGUGCUCGGUUCAGUGUGACACAAGGGGGAAGCAAAAGCAAAAAGGUGUUAAAGGAGAAGGUCGACAACAACUAAGUGACAACCAGCCAACAAAAAAAGACAAUAAGAGGGAGGGAGCCAGAGGAAAAAAUAGGAGAGAGAGAAGGAGACACCCCCUGGACACUAUAGUCAGGAGUGCCGGCCCCCGGUCUGAGAGAAGGAGAGAGAGAGUGAGGGAGUGAGGGAGUGUUUUAAAGCAGGCAGGAGGCAUGAUGUCCUACAUUAAGCAACCCCAUUACGCCGUGAACGGGUUAACGCUGUCCGGCCCGGGCAUGGAUCUGCUCCACUCCGCCGCCGUUGGAUAUCCCAGCACCCCGCGUAAACAGCGUCGGGAGCGCACCACCUUCACGCGCGCACAGCUGGACAUCCUGGAGGCUCUGUUUGCCAAAACUCGCUACCCAGACAUCUUUAUGAGGGAGGAGGUGGCCCUCAAGAUCAACCUGCCGGAAUCUAGAGUUCAGGUUUGGUUCAAGAACCGUCGUGCCAAAUGUCGCCAGCAGCAGCAACAGAGCACAGGCCAGUCCAAGCCGAGGCCCCCCAAAAAGAAAUCAUCUCCUGCCCGCGACACCAACUCCGAGGCCAGUGCCAACCCCGCCAAUGGACCCUACAGCCCUCCCCCCCCUCCUCCGGGCACCGCCAUCACUCCCAGCUCCAGCUCCGCCAGCGCGACGGUGUCCAUCUGGAGCCCGGCCUCCAUCUCUCCGCUGCCAGACCCCCUGUCCGCCUCCACCACCCCCUGCAUGCAGCGCACCACCGCUUACCCCAUGACCUACACCCAGGCACCGGCCUACAGCCAGAGCUACGCGGGCUCCUCCUCCUACUUCACCGGCCUGGAUUGUAGCUCCUACCUGUCUCCGAUGCACCCGCAGCUGUCAGGCACCGGAGGGGCCCUGAGCCCCAUCACGGCGUCCUCCAUGGGUGGGCCCCUCAGCCAGUCCCCCGCCUCGCUCUCCUCUCAGGGCUACACAGCCGCCUCACUGGGCUUCGGGGCCGUCGACUGUCUGGACUACAAAGACCAAGCUGCCUGGAAGCUCAACUUCAAUGCCGCUGACUGUCUGGACUACAAAGACCAGAACUCAUGGAAGUUCCAGGUCUUGUAAAAUAACAGGAUGUGGGGAUGGGGAUGGAAGGAGGGGGGAGCUGGGGGAGGAAAAUGAGAAAUCAAGACAAAAAAUCAAAGUAGGGUGAACAAACCCCAGAUUACUUUUGGUGUUGUAGAAAAAAGAAGGACUUGGGACACGGAAAUGUAUUAAUCACAUCAGUUGACGAACUAAUCAGCUGAAAAAAAUUUUUUCUUCAAGUUUGCUUUUUCAGGUGGUUCAAUGAUCUUUGUGAUUGUAACAGAGACAUAUGUUGUGUUUUCACAUGAAGCAACAAGGAGAUCAUCCUUUAAAUCAAUAAAUGGCCACAUGGAAGGAAAACAAGACUGAUAUGGUGUAUGUGCAACAAAAAUGUGUAAUUGGUUGGAAGAAAAAAAAAUGCUUCAAUUAAUGUGCUCAGAAAUCGAAAGGGGUGAUCUUUGCUCAAGUAAAUAAAACCAUAACGGGGGUUGACACGUAUAAGCAAAAGAAGUGGACAUUUUUUGGUAGAAUCAGUGAACCGAUUUAAUAAUAAGAACAAAAAAAACCCUACGAUAAAAAACCUAAAGAAACCUGGACUUUACAAGGUGACUUCGGGCACCGGUUUGAGAACAGAAUAACAGGCACCAGCUGAUGGUUCGCGUGUAGCCUUGUAUGACACUGACCCGGAAGAGUUGGUCACUCCGGUGACUGCAGUACAAAAACCUGUUGCCUUCGAGCAUGGUUGGAAUCAUUAGCGCGGGGGCCCGUAUACAUCGUUAGUUUAACAGGAUCACCUUAAACACAACAGGGGGGCCCACAAUGGUCACAUUGUGGCCUCCUUGGAGCCCGGGUAACGUCCCCUCCCCAAUUUCCAACCCCCCAGUUGUCUCACGGUAGAUGCGUAAAAUAAGCAGUUGAGGUGGGCGCUCGAACCUGCGAUCAUAUAGAGGAGAGAGCAACCAGAGAAAGGGAAGGGACCCGGGGGCCCCCCCACGUGGCUCCCCCCCUUUGCACAGAGCGACCUGGUGCCUCUUCUCAGCUCCAACCUGUAAAAGAUGUGAUACCACUUUUUUGUGUUUGGUGUUUUUGUUUGAUUAUCAUUAUUUUUUUUGUUUGUUUUUUUGUAUUAGACUUAAGCAACAUUAUGUUUAUUUUUAAAAAAAAUGUGAAUUUGUUUAGGUAAAAAAUUGUGGUCAUUUGUUUGAAGUCAGUUAUUCUCAGUAUUAUCGCUAUCACCAUUGAUAUUAUGUCUUCGGCUGACACGGAUAUUGCUAAUAUACGUUUUUUUGAUGUUGUUUUGUAAAUAUUAAAACUUGAAAAUGCAACCAUGUCUGGAAUCAGCAGUGUGUUGUUACACAGGCACCCAUCCAAGCAGACUCUCCUCCUCUUUCUUGACAUCUAGAAAACUGCCAACUUUUUACAAUGUUUAUUUCUCUGGUUUUCUGCUUCUUAUUCUUUUUUUUUAACUCAGGGAUUGAUCCAAUAAAGGUAGCAGUAAUAGGACACCGUGCUAAUUAUUCUUAAUAAUUCACUGUACUUUCAUCUUUUGCUUUAUAAUCUACUUUGCUUAUUUUUCUGAUGUGGUUCAUUUUGUAUGUUUUUCUUUUUUCUCCUGUGCUUCACCAAUGUCAUCACUACCUUGCUAGAUAGAGACAUUAAAUUCCUUCAUUCAAAACUCUG